AUGUUUAAUCACAAUAACAAUUAUCAUCGACAACAGCAACAAUAUGGAAGAUCGAAUUCAAUAAUAAACAAUUCCAAUUCUCCAUUAUCAAUGUUAUCAAAAACAUCAUCAUCAUCAUCAUCAUCAUCAACAGCGUCAUCUCAACAACAUAAUAAUGAUACUGGAACAUUUCUUGAUACAUUAUUAUCCAGGGCAUCAUCAUCAUCAACAACAACAACAACAACAUCAUCAGAUGAUGAUAAUUUGGAUGAACAAAUGAUUGGAAAAAAGAAUAAAAAUAAAACCAAAAUAAAAUUAAAGAAAAACAGAAAUAAAAAUCAACCAUCAUCCGAUUGUCAUAAUCUAGAUUUAAUCAAUAAAUCAAUAAGUACAAAACAAGAAAUCAAUGAUGAUGAUGAUGAUGAUGACAAUAUACAAUUUGAAACAAAUUUUAUAAAUACAACAAUUCAUCAUCAACAACAACAGCAGCAGCAACCACUAGAUCAAUAUCGGCAAUCAAUGUCGAAUAAUAAUUAUUUUAUGAUUCAGCAACAGCAUCAGCAACAGCAGCAACAACAACAGCUGCAGCAGCAGCAAUCAUCAUCAUCAUCAUCAUAUGGUGGUUAUAAUAAUUUUAUUGGUUAUCCAAAUAUAAGCUAUUCUGGUGGUGUUGGUGGUGGUCGUGGUGAGGAAUCAAUUCAUCAACAACAACAACAACAAUUAUAUAAUCGUCUAAUCAUCAGGCCAAAUUGA